AUGAAUGGGCAUGUCACAUCAAUGGAGAGCCUCUUCGGGGAGGGCCAAGGCAUCGGGCAACUCAUUGAAUUGUCGCUGGCAUGGUUUGCCGAUGACAAUGGAGGUGCUGAUUUGCAAUGGUACCAGGACAGCGCAGACGGCUCAAAGCGUAGAAGCAUUGAAGCUUCCAGGUUGAACAGGGAUUUGCAAGAACAGACGGUGGAAGAGUACAAGCACCGUUUGCUCCAAGAAGGACAACCGCAGUCAGUUGCAGGUGAGGCUUGGAUGGUCUGGGGUGACGAGGAGAAGCGCAUGCCGGUUUAUGCUCUUUCGUACAAUCACCGGGCCGCGGCUUUUUACAGGGCCGAUGCAGAAGACCCAACCAACCCUCAGGUGGAGUCCGUUCGGAACCGUGGCCUGAAGCGGGUUCGGAUCCUUGCAUCAUGGACGCCGGAGUUCUUGCUGCGAUUCAUGUCGAGCGUCCGUAAUCGGUACCACAAGGGAUCAGGAGCCUCGGUCAUUGAGGUUUGCAAGACUGCCCUAAUGCUGGAAGCGUCUUGGAGGGCUUCCUGCGACCACAGCGGCAUGUCCACCAACAACCCGGGCUACGUGAAAGCCUAUGAGGCCACCUCCUUUUGGGCGUUUUCAGGGAUAGCGGGGAGGGUGACCAUGAGGGUGGGAAGACAAGGGAAAGCGGAUCGCGGGAAACACAUUCGUUGGAUCAAUGAGUCAAUCAAUGAUCAAUGA